CUAAUGAGGAGUGGCAGCUACCCAUGCCAAGUGGAAUCUCACUUAAUCACCACUCGUUCACUGUUGACCUAUUAAAACAAUUCAAUUGUGAAACAAGUGAUAUAUCUAGUGUAGAGAUAGAAAGUAUUCAGUCAACUACAGACGUCAAUACAAAUACUACAAAACCAGAUACCUCACAAAAAGACCAACGACAACAACAGCAACAACAAAGACAACAGAGACGACGAUCAGCAGGUGAUUUGAUACGUAAAUCAUCUUCAUAUUUCAAGAAAUGGAACGAACCCCUUACGUGGACCCUGAAACGAAAGAAGCAUAAAGAUUACCCGCCACCAGUUCAAAAUAUAUUUACACAAAAGAAACUAUCAAAAAUAGCCAUUAAUACAACCAUUUCUAUAGCACCUUCCUCACAGCAACCAUCAGGAUCCAUCAAAGAUAUUCAACCACCCAUCAUCACACAAUAUCCACCAACACCAUUAAAGUAUUCGCCUAUUGAGCCCCUACCGGAGUCAAUGGUUGAUACACAUAAGAAACGUAGAACGUUACAUAGACUAUCUGUGCCUAUACUAAAAAUAACCUCUGCAUUACAACAAAAGACAGAAGACGAUAUACUAAGGAGAAGACGAUCAGAUUCAGAUCUGGUUUAUCAUCUUGGAGAUACGCGUCAUAAUAAUUCAUCAUUUCUAACUAAAAAAUGGAAUAAAUUGAUUCACACAUGUAAAAGAGGGUUUAAAAAGAAAAGGCAUCCACCAAUUCAUCUUUAAUAAAAUCUUUUUUUUUUUUUCCAGAGAGAGAAAGAGAGAAAAUCAUUCUUUCCUCUAAACUGAUUUUUGUUGCACCAAAACUGAGAGAAUAAAAGGGGACUUUUUUUAAAAAAAUAAAAAUUAGACAUCAGAACUUAAGAGCAGCC